AUGGCCCUGACCUCUCGCUUUACGGAGGAGGAGGAGGAGGAGGAAGGGGAAGAGAUAGAGGAGGAGGAGGAGGAGGAAGAAGAAGAAAAGAAGGAGGGGAAAAGGGAUAAGGAGGAGUGGAGAGAAGAAACAAAAGAGGAGAAGGGAGAUGAGGGAGAGGAGAAGGAAGAAGAAGAGGGUGAAGGUGAGGAGGAAGGAGAGGCAGAGGAAGAGCCUGAGGUGGUGGUGAAGGAGGAAGAGGCUGUUGUAAAAGAAACCGAGGACAAGUUUGGAAAAACUGAGGAAGAAGAGGCUGCAGGAGUCCAGGAGGACAUCACAGUGAUACCUUUAGAAAUCAUGUCCAUGAUCAGUUUGGAGAAAGAAUUUUCUAGUUCUCAGUCAUCCAUUUCAGAAGCUUUCCUGGAAACCCAAGGAGAUAAGUCUUCCUUACCAUCAGACAAUUCUGAAAUAAAUGAAAUUUUAAGAGAUCUCAGCUCACAACAUUCAUUUCUGGAUUCAGAGCAAAUCAAUAAUGAGAUUGAUCAGACAGAUUGGCAGUUCCCAGAAGAGCUUGAGGAGAAACCUGGAGAAGCUCCCCAAGACACCGUGGAACAAGCAAAAGGGGAUUUGAUAUCAGAACAGGAAGCCACAGAAUCAGAAGAGGAUGAAAGGACACAUGAAAAGAAAGAGUCAUACAACCUCACUGAAAAAGGAGAAAAAGAAAGGGCCUCCAAGGAGUCCCUGGUGUCCACCACCACAGAGGAUUCCUUGUUCCAAAAGGAUGAGAGCACCCCUGUGUACCCUUUGAACUUGACCUGGUCGUUUGGAUGGAACAGUUCCCUCCCUGUCUUCUAUGUCCGUGAGAAGAACCAUAGAGUCCUUCUGUACGUGUCUUCUCACAAUGCCGUCAUCUAUAAUAUCUUCAGGAAUAGCCAGUACCACCUGCAGGGCCACCCCAACCUCAUCUCCUGCCUCUGCAUCAGUGAAGACAGGCGGUGGGUUGCCACAGCGGACAAAGGACCAGACUGCCUGAUAAUUAUAUGGGACACCUUCACAGGGAUUCCUGUGCACACCAUAUUUGACAGCUGCCCAGAAGGUAAUGGCAUUAGUGCAAUAGCCAUUACCCGUGAUGCCAAGUAUCUGGCAACCAUCUCAGACGCUGAAGUCCAGAAAGUGUGCAUCUGGAAGUGGACUUUGGCAGUGGAGACACCGGCGUGCAGUCUCCUCCUCCCCAAAGAGUAUGGUUUCCAGAACUACCUUACUUUUAAUCCAACAAAUAAUAAAGAAUUGGUGAGCAAUAGUAAAACACAGGCAAUAUAUUAUUCAUGGUGUGAAGAGAAAAAUAUACUUGCUCACAGUGCCCCACUCUUAACAGAAAAAACAUUCAACAAGCUUGUGGGAAAAUUUAGCCAGUCCGUCUUUCACUUGAAUUUAACACAAAUACUCUCGGCGACGAUGGAAGGGAAGCUGGUCGUCUGGGAUGUACACCGUCCCCCGGAGUCUUCCUCCACCCUCUUUAGCUUUCCCUACAUCAAGCCCUGUAAACUGGUACAUCUGCAGAGGGAGGGCAUCACCGUGCUCACUACAGUUGAUAACUACCUUGUCACAGGUGACAUUAGGGGUAACAUUAAGUUCUACGACAGCACCCUGUCAAUUGUUAACUGGUACAGUCACUUCAAACUGAGUCCCAUAAGGAGUCUAUCCUUUUCAAAUAUCCCAGCAAAUCCUCCUACUGAGGAAUCAAACUUCCUUCCGGACUGUACUUUAAAAGGUGACUUUUUCAUUGUCAGGAAUUUUAUCAUUGGAACAUCUGAUGCCUCGGUGUACCACUUAACAACAGAUGGCACCAAACUUGAGAAGUUAUUCAUAGAGCCCAAAGAUGCCAUUUAUGCCAUCUCCUGCCACCCAUACCAACCUCUAAUCGCCAUUGGGAGUGUCUGUGGGAUAAUUAAAGUGUGGGAUUAUGAAAAGAAGAAGUAUCUUUUCAGCAGGGUCUUUGAGAAAGGGCUCGGAAUCCAGAGUCUGACCUACAACCCUGAAGGAGCUCUGCUUGGAGCUGGCUUCACAGAGGGGACAGUUUAUAUUCUUGACGCAAUGUCCUUAGUAAAUGAAACCCCACAGGCUUUCAAGUAUUCCAGGACCAGUGUGACUCACGUCAGCUUCUCUCAUGACUCCCAGUAUAUGGCGACUGCUGAUGUAAAUUUCACUGUGGCUGUGUACAUGGUAGUAGUUAAAAGUGGACAAAGGGUCUGGGAAUAUUUAGCAAGACUCCGCUCUCACCGCAAAAGCAUCCAAAGCCUCCUAUUUGGGGUUCACCUGGACAGCAACGAGCCUAGGCUGCUGAGCCUGGGUUCAGACAGACUCUUGAUAGAGUAUAAUCUCAUCAAGAGCUACAAAGACAACCUGGAAGUCUUGGACAUACAUCGAACUGACCAGGGCAACUACCCAACCUGUAUGGUCUGGUACCCGCCACUGGUCAAGGAGCAAUUCUUGCUUAUUUGCAAUAGUGGCUACAAAAUGAAACUUUUUAAUUCGACCACCAAAAUGUGCAGAAAGACGCUUCUUGGGCCAACUUAUGGAUCUCCUAUCAAGCAGACGCAGGUCCUCCCUGUGAAAACCACCCUGGAUCUACAGAGGCGCUACCUGGUGUUCAUUAACAAAGACAAGGUAGCAGCCCUCUGCUCUCUACCUCUACUCUUUACCUCUCACCUGUGGGCAGCAGUCAGUCCCAAGGACUGUGGGUGCCCUGUAUCACUGAGUCCCACACUUGACAUUGAAUUUUCUGUCUCUGGCUUAUUACAGAGGGACUUCUCUGACGGAGUUGGCAGAGACCUGCACUGGACUGGUGGCUCAGUGCCCUUCAGAGGGCCCUGCUCCAGGCAGAGCCCUGCCUGGGCCGUGUUGGAGCAUGAGUGCCUCCUAAUUGUGACUUUCUGUUGCUGUUCCAGUGCCCUGGAGGCUGCGGUUUCUCUUGGGGGUGAAGACUUGACCCCGUUCUAUGGUCUGGUGUCUGGUGGCAGGGAAGGAAAGUUCUACAGGGAGCUGGAGGACUAUUUUUACUACUCUCAGCUCCGCAGUCAAGGUAUUGAUACAAUGGAGACCAGGAAGGUGUCGGAACACAUUUGCCUGUCGGAGGUUCCUUAUGUCAUGAGAGCAAUUGGCUUUUACCCAUCCGAAGAGAAGAUUGAUGACAUGUUUAAUGAAAUCAAAUUUAGUAAAUACGUGGACACUGGAAAGCUAAUUGACAAAAUCAAUCUACCAGAUUUCUUCAAAAUUUACCUUAACCACAGGCCACCUUUCGGUAACACCAUGAGUGGCAUCCAGGAGAGCUUUAAAGUUCUUGGUUAUACCAAUUCCAAAGGAGAAAAGGCUAUUCAGAGAGAAGAUUUCCUGGAACUGCUCCUAACUAAAGGUGAGCACAUGACAGAGGAGGAGAUGCAUGACUGCUUUGCCACACUGUUUGGCCUGAAUCCUGAGGGGUGGAAAUCGGAGCCUGCGGCCUCGUCUGUCAAAGGCUCAAAAAUUUGCCUCAAAGAAGAACUUCCAGACGAAAUCACUGCGGAAAUAUUUGCGACUGAAAUUCUUGGCUUAACCAUUGCAGAGGAUUCUGGAUGAUAUGGUCAGUGAAGCUGUGAGGAAUGUUUGAAGCACAAAGGACUUGUGCGUGCAUUUUCCAAGAAGCAUUACUUUUUCUGCGUUUGUUUCCCUACCCCCACUCUAAUCUUCAGAACAUUUAGACAUUAAAAGAAAAUUUCUUUUAAGCUUUGGAAUUUGCUAAGUUGGACAUUCCAGUGUUUCUGAAAUAGAAAAGUGGGCGGAGACAAGAACAGCCCUAGCAGCUGGGUGUACAUGGUGGCUGGACACCGAGGACUGUCUUCGUGCCUCAUCUAAGGCAGUUCUUCCUGGAUGGGUUUGCAUAGGAUACAGCGGGUCUCAGCCAGCAACAGACCUUCCUGUUGACAUGAGUGGUCCAGGGAAAUGAUAGUCAGUGGCCCUAUUCCCUUCCCCUGGAGUGUCACCUGGCCCCUUGGCCUAAUGUGACUCAGUAUGGAUCAGCUCUGCCUGUUGUGAAGCUGGGGAGGAGGUGCUGGGUGCUCUGGGCUCCUGAGAGUCACCAACUGUGGCAUUUUCUCAGCAAAAACCCAAGCAGUUGUGUGUGGCUGUUAAGAUGAGCACCACUGGCCAUGCGUAUCCCCGGUGGCAACUGCCAGAGGGAAUACAGAAGCAGCUGGAGCCCUGUGCUGCACCUGGGCCAGAGCCCCGUGCAGCCCCACUCCUGUGGGCCAGUACCUCCCCUUGCACCUCAGACUAACCAGCAGGGUUGUGGUCGCUUCACCACCUCACACUCUGCUUGGCUUCAGGACAGAUAGUGGGCAAAAGCAGGGGCUAGUUCCUCAGCUCCAAGGACAUGUAGGGGACAUCAUCACUAAGUUCACAGUGGUAUUUUGGCCUCAGAAAUAGCACAGCAUCACAGUGUAAGCAGAGGAAGGUUAGGUUCUGAUCUUAGAGCUUUGUCAUCGUUUCUGAGGCCUUGGUCAGGCAAACAUGUCCAGUGCUUCCAUCCAGCGUGCUCAGUCCAGCACACCCACACCCCAACCUGCGCAUUUCCCAGAAAAACCAGCACCAAGACAAAGUGCCACUCUCCUAAGGAGCAGUCCCCAGGAGAGAAACCCAGCAGCAGCAGCUGCCACUUCCUGUGUUGAGCCUUCUCACUGCCUCGUGUCCAGUUGAAAAUUUGGCAUAGUGAGUCUUUGGAACACCCUGGAACAUGGAACGGAAGGAACCAUCUGCCCCAAACCAGGCUGUGUCACAGCGACCUUGGGGCAGAUGGUGCGAGCCAAGGUUCUGUAGGCGCCUGCUUGUUAGAGCAUGUCACCAGGGCUCUGCAACCUCGUUUACAUUUUGUUCUUUAAAAAAAGCACAAAAAUAAAAACAAGCUUUAUACAUCAA